AUCCAGGCCUCCACCGCGUCCUCUGCUCCUCUACUCCCCUCUCCAUCCAUCGCACUCACACGGUCACACUCACACCCCCGCCGUCUAGCCGUUUCAGCUGCAGAGCCUCUCGAGCGGCGCCCGCGGCAGGAGCUGGCUACCCCUCGACCAGGUCUGGGAGCGGCGCCGCCGCGCCCGCACGAGACGGCGGAGCUGGACGCGGAGGCGGCGCUGGGCGGGGAGUCGGCGGAGGAGCGCAACCGCUUCCUGGUGCUGCGGCUGUACGAGGCGCUCAACGCCCGCGACGCGCGCCGGGCGCAGGAGCUGCUGGCGCCGGACCUCGAGUGGUGGUUCCAUGGCCCUCCCGCGCGCCAGCACAUGAUGCGCCUGCUCACCGGCGCUCUGGACCACCGCGGCUUCGUCUUCUCCCCGCGCUCCGUCGACGCCUUCGGCUCCACCGUCGUCGCCGAGGGCGCCGACGACGCGCGCCAGCUCUACUGGGUGCACGCCUGGACCGUGGGGCCCCAUGGGGUGAUCACGCAGCUCAGGGAGUACUUCAACACCGACCUCACGCUCCUCUCCGGCCAGCCUGACGUCGUUGCCGCAGGCGCUGCUCCGCCUAAGCAGAAGGACGCUGCCUCCUCCUCGUCGCCCUCGGUGGCGGCACCGGCAGCAGGGCCCAAGUGCCUGUGGCAGAGCCGCCGCGCCGACAGCGCGCACAAGUCGCUGCCGGGUCUCGUCCUCGCCAUCUGACUGAGACUAGCUAGAGACACCAAGCUCGAUCUGCCGCCCUCCAUUAUAUUAUAUUAUAACCGUAUAAAAAUCCUAAAAUUCCAAACCCUCUACUACUUGCAUAAAUAAUCUGGAACUGCACUCAGUCAGUGAAAACGUGAAGACGGACGUAUGCCUAUGCACUGAACUGAACUAGUCCGUGUUGUGAUUCCUGUACCAGUUAAUUACUUUAGCUCGUGCCGUGCCGUGCCGUGUGUGUGGAAUAGUAGUGUUUGUUAAGCCAUGGGUUGUUAUGCUGUGCGCCGCCAUUGCUGCUACUGUAAUGCUCUGCUGUUAUGGUCUGGUUCUAUAUUGCGGUUGAAUAAAA